AUGGCAACUAUUCAGGUACAUCCGUUUACUGUAACAAAUCAACCAAACUCUAAACCAAUGGUCAAUCCAUUUCAUGAUUUCAAUAAUGAAUGGACGGUAGGUUUGUGUGAUUGUUGUAAUGAUCCUGGUCAAUGCUGUUAUGCUUAUUCAUGUUGGUGUUGUUUUCUUGGAUCAUUAGCUGGAGAUAUUAAUGAAUCGAAGACUUCAUGUUAUUGUCUUGGAAAUAUACUUGCAGUUUAUCGCAUGAAAGUUCGAGCUGUUCUUAAAAUUCGAGGUGAUUCAUUCUCUGAUGCCUGUGCUGUAUGCUGGUGUCCAUUUUGUGCUGCUCUUCAAAUGCGCAAUGAAUUAAGAAAUCGUGGUCUGGCAUAA